CAUAUAUAUCAAGGAUAAGUGUGAUUGUGUUUCAUUGUCGAUCUCCUGAGUGAUCGGUCGCCAUUGCUAGAUACUGAUCUCCCCAAAAACACCCAGACAAGUCCUUUGUAUUAGCUUUCUAAUCAUGAGUACUACUACUCCUAUGGCCAGUCCAAUGAAGAAACAAAUCGCAGCCAUGCGAGGUUACUUGGAGGAAGUUGGCCACUUCACCAAGCUUGAUCCAGAUCAAGAUUCUUGGCUUCCGAUCACCAAGUCUAGAAAAGGCAACGCCUACUACUCUGCGUUUCACACAUUGUGUUCCGGGAUUGGAGUUCAAGCCCUUGUUCUUCCUCUUGCUUUCACUACUCUUGGCUGGAUUUGGGGACUAUUUUGUCUGUCGCUAGUUUUUAUUUGGCAGCUUUAUACACUUUGGUUGUUGAUUCAGCUACAUGAAUCAGAAUCUGGGAUUCGCUAUAGCAGAUACCUUGGUCUUACCAUGGCUGCCUUUGGAGAAAAACCAGGGAAGCUACUUGCCAUGUUUCCAACCAUGUAUCUAUCAGGUGGCACGUGUGUCUUUCUCGUCAUGAUUGGCGGUGGGGCCAUGAAAAUCUUGUUCCAACUCGUGUGCGAACCCGACACGUGCAACUUGAAACCGUUGACUACUCUCGGGUGGUACUUGGUCUUCACUUGCUUAGCUACUAUCAUUCUUGCUAAGCUUCCCAACUUGAAUUCAAUCGCAGGAGUUUCUUUGGUUGGGGCAAUCACAGCCGUCGGUUACUGUACCCUGAUAUGGCUAGUGUCCAUCAUCAAAGGAAGUCCAGUGGGUGUAUCCUAUGAUCCACCAGAGGCUAAAUCCGAUCUGGCUAGGGUUAGCAGUAUCCUUAAUGCACUCGGCAUCAUUGCCUUUGCAUUCAGAGGCCACAAUCUUGUGCUUGAAAUACAGGGAACCAUGCCUUCCAGUACAGAAGAGCCGUCUCGGAUACCGAUGUGGAGAGGAGUAAAGGUUGCAUACACAAUCAUCGCAAUGUGUUUGUUUCCUCUUGCAAUCGGCGGUUAUUGGUCCUAUGGAACAAUGAUACCUGCAAAUGAAGGGAUGCUAAAUGCCUUGUACAAAUAUCACGGACAAGACACAUCGAAAGCUCUUCUACAGUUGACAAGCCUCUUCGUUGUAAUAAACAGUCUCAGUUCAUUCCAGAUAUAUGCAAUGCCAACAUUGGACAAUUGGGAAUCCAAAUACACCAGCAGAUUCAAUAAGCCAUGUCCGCAGUGGCUUGGCUCAAUGUUCAGGGUAUUAUUCGGGUGCUUGGGAUUUUUCGUUCCAGUGGCACUACCAUGCUUGCCGAGUUUGGCAGGAUUGAUCGGAGGCAUAGCACUACCAAUCAGCUUAGCAUAUCCAUGUUUCAUGUGGAUAUUAAUCAAGAAACCACAGAAGCACAGUGCAAUGUGGUUCCUCAACUGGGUUUUAGGAGUCUCAGGCAUGGUAAUAAGUGUUCUUGUGGUGUUUGGAGCAAUAUGGGCUAUAGUGACCAUGGGCAUAGAAGCUCACUUCUUCAAUCCUCAAUAAAGAGUUCCACAAUAUAAUUCAGGGAAAAAAAAAUAAAAAUGCUCCAAAACUCUACGUUCCUGAAACUGACCUUAGCAAAGAUUGUAUAGUCUGUCUGUAGAGUAUGCACUCAUGAUAGAAACACAGCACACCGAGAUAUAGUUGGUAAACAUGACAAAUAAAACGUCUCAUGUAGUUCCCCGCUACAAA